GCAACAUAAGUUUUUUAAAAGCUCUGAGCAAUCAUUUCGGAUGGUUCUGGUCGAUGGUCUGGCUUCAUAAUGUGCAGCGAAUAGUGCGAGAUGCUACACAACAAUUCAGUAAUGUCGAGUGGAAGACGGUUAGACCGAAAGUUGUCACUGCUCUCAAGGUAGUCAAUUUCGUUUGUGCUUGGCAUCUCUUCGUCGAACAUGUUGGGUGGAUCCGCUAUGUCGAUGGUCCGUCGAUGGUCCCUACCAUGAACGUGACUGGAGAAUGGAUUGUUGAAAACAGAAUGAUAUCGCCGAAGAAUCUCGCACGCGGUGAUUUAAUCACCUUUGUCUCACCGCUAGACCCAUCCCGGUUUGUUUGCAAGCGACUCAUUGGUCUACCUGGCGAUGUCAUUUGCGUAGACCCAAUGGGAAAGUACGUGCCGUCGACGGAACAUGUCGUUAUCCCCAAGGGUCAUAUUUGGCUCAGUGGGGACAACGCAAAUGCAUCCAGGGACUCUAGGGAAUAUGGGCCUGUCCCCAUGGCCCUUGUUAGGGGCAAAUUUGUCGCCAGGGUUUGGCCUCUGGACAAAUUGACCAUAUUUCGUAGCAACUUCCGAUAUAUUGAUGAGGAUCCCUGAACCCCAGCUUUCUCCAACGUUUCAAGCUGAUCUGAGGGUUGUCCAUUUUGGCUAUCAUAGGCGAUACACAAUUUGUAAAUUCUAGGAUCGCAACUACACUACUCGUGUUCUCCGUGGAGUCCGAUGACUAUCACUGAACAAAGUUCAUGGAAUACCCUCCUUGCCCAUUCGGUUCAAAUUUGAAGUUGUUCGUCGACAGACCAAAGUUUCCUCCCUUUUAACUUGUCAACCAUCUCGUCUGUUUCUCGUUUCUGCGCUUCCGCGACGCGAGGUUUCAGUUGUUGAAGCGACCGCUUGACUUCGGCCGUCUGGGACGGAGGUAACAACUCCAGCAGUUUCGUG